AUGGCUCACAUUCUAGAGUGGACAAGUGAGAUAAACCAGGUAUCAUUUUUUGAAGUUUUGGCAAACUGGGAUGUCCCAACCGUUUAUGUAAUAAAUCUGGUGAAUCGAAAUAGCUGGGAAAACACUGUUCACAGAAGAAAAUCAAAACACUAUUUUACGUCGGAAGCACUGUUCACGCCGGAAAACACUGUAGUUCGCCGAAAAAUUCCAAAGUUGUCGGGAUUUGUCGGGGAUAGCACUGGUCGACUCGAAAUUGCUGUGCGAGUAAGCUUUCCUGAAGGAAGUUCGUCGGAAUCUGGCUGUAAGGGGUCUCACGCGCCCGGCGCGUGCACAGAUCUUGCUGGAAAAUUUGGAGUCUGCCCGGCGCGUGAGGGCGCGUGUUCACUUAGGCAACCGGAAAAUUACACGGUGACUGAGUUCUUUCUUUCCGGAUGUCGUUGGAAUGACGCACAACGAUCUUUUCUCACCGAAGCUCCGAUACAGAAAUGCUUCAGAGGUAGAAAGGUGGUGGAAGCUGAGCGUUCUAAAGUUCGUGAGAAUUUCUUAAAAACUUAUGGGGAUCGCUGCCACCGUGUUGACAGGCAAUGUUUCGGUCCAGAUUCAGAUUUUCUGUGUCAGCUACUUUUCUUUUUCAAUCCAACAUACACUACUGAUGUUUCUAUCCUCGUGGAGACAUGCCGAUCGCUACUGGAGCUUGUUCGAGAUAGCGGGGACGUUGUUAGCCUCUUUGCUGGUAUGGACUGUGCCUCCGAUCUUGGCUUGGUGAGAUACAGACUAAAGAAAUUUGUUCAUGCUUGUAUUCGGGCUGUUUAUGGAAACAGGAAUAAGUUGAGAGAUCAACAAUUUAUGGAAUCCGAGAAGUCCUGCACAUCAGCAAUCCUCUUGUUGGAUGCAGUAACGUUGCUGAUUGAUUUAAGGUUUCCCUGGGCUUGCAGCAGUGUCACCUAUCUUCUUCAAAGAAAUAUAUAUUCCUUAUUUAGGGAAAUCAUUCUGAUUGGCAAGGAAAGAAACUUUCCAGCUUCCAACAGGGUUGUAUCUUCAUUCGAGCGUGUGCUUGGACUGAUUAUACCUCAUGUUGGUCAAAGCACUUGUUCUUGUGCAAGUGUUGACCCACGGUGUUCCUUCCCUUCCCAGAUUCUUACAAUUCCAUUUUUAUGGCGGUUUUUCCCUCACCUAAAAGAGGUCUUUGCAAGUCCAUCAGUGAGUCGUCAUUAUUUUCAUCAGAUGGCAUUAUGCAUGAAAGAGCAUGUUAAUGUCCUCCCUCCUGAUAUAGAGAUUGAUCUUCCUGGCUAUGCUAUCCUUCUAGGGAAUCUACUCGAAGUUGCUAGGCUAGCUUUUGCCCUGCCAGAAUCAUUCACUAUGGCUGUUGAUUUUGCAACUGUUGCGACUUUUUUGUUGGAAGCACUCCCUUCUCUCCAAUCAUCAAAUAUGGGAAGUAAAGAAAAUUCUUCAGUGUCUGAGGAUGAUAUGGUCAUUGAUGAUGAACAAACAGAAAAAGUUCUGAAUUUGGGUUUGGAGCAACAGAUAAUCAAUGGUAUAGAUCCACGUUUUCUUCUACAGCUGACUACUGUUUUACUGGGAGGGUUUUCACCUCUCAAUGGUUUACAUAGUGGCCAGCUUGAUGAGAAACAUGUGGCAGCUGUUAGUGCAGUUUGUGCUUUCCUUCAUGUGACUUUCAACAUUUUGCCGCUUGAACGUAUUAUGACUGUACUAGCCUAUCGGACAGAGCUAGUUGCUGUCCUUUGGAACUUCAUGAAGCAAUGUCAUGAAAAUCAGAAAUGGUCAUCUCUGUCAGAGCAAUCAGCAUAUUUGCCAGCAGAUGCUCCUGGAUGGCUGCUACCAUUAGCUGUUUUCUGCCCGGUUUACAAGCACAUGCUUAUGAUUGUCGAUAAUGAGGAGUUCUAUGAACAGGAGAAGCCAUUAUCUCUGAAGGAUAUCAGAUGUUUGAUUGUUAUCCUUAGACAGGCCUUGUGGCAGCUCCUCUGGCUGAAUCCUAUGGCGCCUGUUAACUUUGGUAAAUCAACAACUGAUAUCUUUGCUAUGAAGAAGCAUCCAUUAGAGUUCCUUCAGCAUAGGGUUAGUGUUGUAGCAUCUGAACUCCUAUCACAGUUACAAGAUUGGAACAACAGACGGCAAUUUACACCUCCUAGCGAAUUUCAUGCAGAUGGUGUAAAUGAGUACUUCAUAUCUCAGGCAAUGACGGAGAACACUAGAGCCAACGAUAUACUAAAGCAAGCUCCAUUCCUGGUGCCAUUUACUAGCCGAGCCAAAAUAUUUACUUCACAGCUAGCUGCAGCAAGAGAGAGGAAUGGGAGCCAGGGUCUUUUUGCUAGGCAUAGAUUCAGAAUUAGAAGAGACCAUAUUCUGGAAGAUGCUUUUAACCAAUUGAAUGCAUUGUCGGAGGAGGAUCUCCGAGGACUGAUACGUGUAACCUUCGUUAACGAACUUGGAGUUGAGGAAGCUGGUAUAGAUGGUGGUGGGAUAUUCAAGGAUUUCAUGGAGAAUAUUACUCGAGCAGCUUUUGAUGUACAAUAUGGAUUAUUCAAGGAAACUGCAGAUCAUCUACUCUAUCCAAAUCCUGGAUCUGGGAUGUCUCAUGAUCAACACCUCCAGUAUUUUCAUUUUCUUGGGACAGUUCUUGCUAAGGCAAUGUUUGAAGGCAUUCUCGUUGAUAUUCCAUUUGCGACAUUCUUUUUGAGCAAGUUGAAGCAGAAGUAUAACUAUUUGAAUGACCUUCCUUCCUUGGAUCCAGAAUUAUAUCGUCAUCUCAUUUUCCUGAAGCAUUACGAAGGUGAUGUUUCAAAUCUAGAGUUGUACUUCGUCAUUGUCAACAAUGAGUAUGGGGAGCAAACUGAAGAGGAGCUGCUUCCUGGUGGGAAAAGCAUACGUGUAACUAGUGAGAAUGUCAUCACCUUUAUUCAUCUUGUCGCCAACCAUCGUUUAAACUUUCAGAUCCGUCAGCAAAGUUCUCAUUUUCUGAGGGGCUUCCAACAGCUAAUACAAAAGGAGUGGAUUGACAUGUUUAAUGAACAUGAACUUCAGCUUCUUAUUUCUGGAUCACUUGAUGGCAUUGACAUUGAUGACCUUCGAGCUCAUACCAAUUAUACAGGAGGUUACCAUAAGGAACAUUACAUUGUCGAUAUGUUCUGGGAGGUUGUGAAAAGCUUUUCUCUGGAAAAUCAGAGGAAAUUUUUGAAGUUUGUGACAGGGUGUUCACGAGGACCCUUGCUUGGAUUUAGAUAUUUGGAGCCUUUGUUCUGCAUACAAAGAGCGGGCGGGACUGCUUCAGAAGAAGCUCUUGAUCGAUUGCCGACAUCAGCUACUUGCAUGAAUCUUUUAAAGCUUCCACCAUAUAGAAGCAAGGAGCAGAUGGAGCAGAAAUUGUUAUAUGCCAUAAAUGCUGAUGCUGGUUUUGAUUUAAGCUGAUGGAUUGUGUGCAUAAUUUUGGAAUAUCCAACUAAUACCUUAAGCAGCUUUAGUUCUUCAUCGGCAGCAUAAAGGCGAAAAAUGAAUGGUACAAUUUGUUCAUCACUAUCGUAGUCUACUGGUAAAGAAACUGCUAAUCGUUGAAUAGUCAGAAGCACGUGUAAAUAAGAAUCCAUUACUCUGCCCCUUUGACUAGAUGUGCGCAUACAUAAACCCAGGUGCAUUGUAUAUCAUCCUUUGGGAAGUAAAAAUGGAAUGCGUGCUAUACAUACAUCUGAAGCUCAUUGAAUACAGAGGUUGUAAUUCAAAAUUAGUGUGAAACCUGGGGAAGAUUAUAUGUUAUGAUGUUAGUUUCGGAAGUUUUGUCAGGCAUUUGUAUUCAUUGUACAAGUUAAUGCAGCAACAUUUUUACGAGGUGUCCAACUCCAGCUAGUUGUUGUCCUUGAACAGAUCUUACUUGUAUAGUAAUAAAUAUAUUUCUUCCCUGAUUAUGCUAUAUGUACAACUUAUGUUAAGGAAAGGAAAAUAUGCUGCUCA